AUUUAAUAUUGUGUUGUGAGUGCGCUACGCGAACCGUGCUCUAUUCAAGACGAAUUCUAUGAUUGACCCGGAUAAUUGUGGAGGGCUUGCUGUUGAUCUGUCCUUGCAUGUAAUGCCUACCACAGACAUGUCACUUUCGCGGAGGGUGGCGAUGUCAUAGAAGUUGUACGGUUGUACUUUGUGCCCGCCAUGGUAUUCGCAAUGGGCACCACGAAAGAAGACGAAGCCGAAGGCAGUUUGACAGCGGAUGGCACUGCCACCGUCGCCCCUCUUUCGUCCGACACCGCAUCUAAGCUGUCGUCGAGGGAUGCGGCCGCGCCGGUGGCGUACUUCGGCGUAGCCCUGGGCGCCGGCAUGACUCCCUGCGAUGACGAUGAGUUGCCCUUGGUUUUUGUUGACCGCACCCUGGCAUUACGCUGUGUCAAGAAGUACCGGGGAGCUCGGUUUAAGGCAUUUAGCUCCAGGGAGGAAGCUGCAGCAUUUAGCGUUCAGCCAGCAGUGACAGCCGUGGAAAGCACAGACGCACCCGACUCCACAACAGUGGCACUUGUUGGAGAGAAGAGCAGCAACUACAGAGCUCCAAAAAGCCAAGACCUUGUUCAGCUCCGCAAAGCCAUUGAAGCUGGAGAUGCCAACUUCUUCAGACAAAACGUCUGGUCCAAUCCUCGCUACCUUGUUGGAAGCGGCGACACUCCGACCAUCCUGCAGGAAGGAUACCGGUACAAUGCCCUGCACGUUGCCUGUGCCAAGCGGCAGCCCGCACUGGUGCAGUUGCUGCUGGACACUCUGCAGGAUGCACACUUUCUCGAGCUGCUCUACCCCGAUGACAGCAUCGAUGUGAGGAAUCGGCGCAAGGUGUUUCUUCUUGACCUGUACCUGAACACGCCAGACAAAGGGCGUUGUGAGACACCGCUUCACUUUGCCAGCAAGUUUGGCUGCUAUGAAGCAGUCGAGCUCCUUGUAGCAUUGCCAGAGUGUGAUCGAAACAGGCUCAAUAAGGAAGGACAAACACCACGCCAGAUUAUUUGUGACCGGCUGCCAUCUGCAACUGCAGACUUGAAGAAGAGGAUGGACUCAUUGUUUGAAGAACGCCUGUUUGUGCCAGUGCUGCGGUCCGAGGACAACUCAAUGACACCGACAGUCGGGGAGCCAUUCUCACCCAAUGCGUCGCCCAUGCAUGGUAGUCCUGUGACUAGCCCGCGUGACACCUCACUUACUAUCAUGGCCACUGCAGGACCAAUGUCUCCGACUGAGGCCCAUUCCAUGUACCGCCAAUGGAAGACUCCGAAGCGGCGCAGCAUAGGGAUCAAAGAGCCGCUCUCGCCCAUGGAGAACAUGCGAUUCGCCGACUUAGAGAAGGGGCUGGAGUAUAUAGGCCGUGGCCUUGCCAAGGAGAUGAAGGUGCCUUGGAAUGAGUACUGGCCUUUCCUCGGCUGCUGGUGUAACUUGGCUUCUCCAGAGGGCUUAGAAAAACUUGAGGCCCACCUACGAAGCAAACGUUCACAGGUGCUGUCUGAAAGAUGGUCCCUAGAGACUUCCCCAGCGGCAUCUGAUGAGCAUUCACUGUUCAGUCCCAUCAGUCAGCUUUGCGAAGCGUUGGGUGAUCUCAAAUUACGCCCUGCAUUUGAGAAGAGCUGGGGGAGUAGGCAGGGAAGCCAAAACCACCUCCACUGUGCCAAGCUGCCAAGGACUCCCAAUGGGAGGACACUUUCAUCAGCAGAGCCUCGCUGCAGCCCUUCUCUGUGUGGGGCGCCGCAGAAGGGUGUUCCCCUUGCAGCUCAACGCUUGGCAAGGGUACUGUUCGACUGGGCAGUAGCUCAUGACACUGGCCCAGAGCCAGAAGCUGAUCUCGCCUUGCAGCUAAGUGAACAGGUACUGCCAGAGCUGGCCCACUUGGAGCACACUAGCGGACCGGAUCUGUGGCGGCUGCACCCUUGGCUGAGCCGGGAGGUGCACUUGCUCCUGCGUGACGGCCUGGAGGCCUCGGAGCGGCAGAGCCUGUGCCGCGCCCUGCGCACGCAGUUGCCUCCUCCAUUCACCAACCGAGCAGCUACCGCGUCUCCACCCUCUACCGACGACGAAGAUGAUGGCGGCAGUGCUGGCGACUUGACACGACGUUACCGACAGCCAUCAAGCCGUCGGAGAGGUAGAACUCUGAAGCGGCAUCUGCAGUGUGUCCUGCGUUCUCUGUAUGCCUUGUUGGAGGCUGACUCAGCCGAUGCGGAACCUUUCCACUGCUUAUGCUCCCAAGCAACAGCAGGAAGCCUGGAAACAGCAUUUCUCAGAGAUUGCAAAGCUCAGCCUGUGGAGGAAGAGGAGGAAGAAGUGUUCUUCACCCCUCCCACCAGCCCGUGCUCCUCGAGUGGAUCCUCUUCUCAGGCACACACCCCUGAUGAGGGUCCGCUCUUCUAUAUACAAGGGUCCCAUCCAAGCAAAGUGGACUUGGAUGUGCUGAGGGCUCUUGAGCCGCACCUGCUGGAGCCUGAUGCCUUUGACCCUCUCACUUAUCCCUGCGUGCACCAGUGGAUGCAGGUUAUUCGCUCAUACCCAGCGGAAGCCACUUCACGAUGGCCAAGUCCUUCAGUGACAAACCUGAGGCACUCCUCACGCACAGUAUUCUCGCCUGACUCUCCACGUUCGAAUGGAGACGGCAGGCCCGACGGGUGCCGCACGCCCCAGAGGGAAUCAAUAAGCACUCAACUGCGCCCAAAAGUCCUUUGGAGUGCCAGUCCGGGACACCUGUGACAUACUGCGUACCUGCUGCUGCUGCUGCUGCUGCUUUUACUAGAAGAGACCAGUGCCAACCUUUAUCAAAGUGAAGCCGGUGCCACAGUCAGCCUUCUGGGGUGUUGUGUAGUGCAUGAACACCUGGUGAGAAAUACGGUGCCUCAAGACUAUUGACCACCUCAAGAGUGGGGGACAGUUUUAGUAUUUCUGACCUUGUUUUUUCUUUACUUUUAGUAGUUUUAGUUCUGACUUCUAAUUUAUUUAGGCAGUUUUCAGAAAGUAUGGAGUAAACUUGUUUUUCAACUUGCCUUCUGUGUAACCUUGAUAAUUCUGUCUGGCUAAGUGCCAAAUGUAAAACUGGUGGUGCUUGCAUCUUGCUGUAAUCACUAUGUACACUUGUUUGUAAGAGCAAAUAGCUUGCUGUGCUCAAGAUGGCAGAGCAUUAUCUGCUUAACAUGUUAAUUCAACACACCUGGAUAGCAUGAAGAUUUAGGCAGGGAUGCCUCUCUACACUGGAUGGAAGCUGUAAGGAGGAGGCUGGCCGUGCUUCAACAGAUUGCUAUGUGUAGAAAAAUUUUAAUCCUCAACUCACUUCAGGGAAUGCUAUGAAUAGUGGUUGGUGAUUACUGUACAUUGCCCCAUUGAAUUUACAGUUUCUUUUUCCCUUAAAGGUGUCUCGAAAUGGGGUGGCUGACUGAUGACCUAUAUACAGUCUGCCCGUGGCAUGGACAUAGAAUUAACUUUGCAUUAGAUUGCAGUUUAAGCUUCUGUUCAGUCGGUCUUGAAGUCAGUUUUCAUUUUCCAUAGGCAGAGUUCAACUUUAUUCCAAAGCUGUGCAUAACAAGACAAUUGUGGUUUCAAGUUUAGAGUGCCCAAAAGCGAAAUUAAAACUGGUCUUGCAAAGCAGAGGUUAUAGUACUGCCAGCACACUUGAUCAACAAGAAAGUACAAACAUAUGUGAGGUAACUGCAACUUCCUGUUACUGUGGCAGUUUGGAAGUGGAUUUUAGGCCCAUGCCUUUUUUAAAACACUCGACAAUGCCUUCACUGCACUGUGGCAAAUGUGUUCUGUGCGUAAAAAUUAAGCAACCGCCAGCGUACCGGAACACUGAUAUAGCUCUGAUAUCUACUGCUAUACAGUUGUUAGGUGAUGCACAAUGUGCAGUAUGUUCUUUCCUUGUGUGCAGUAAAAAUUAAGUUGUGACUUA